AUGGUUAAGUUACAACGCAUUCAACGUCCAAAAACUCAACGUGGUAAACGAGCUUUAAAAGAACGUGAGCCAAAAUUAAUUGAAAAUGCUCGUUCAUCAUUAUGCAUACGUGGAAAUAAAACAAAUAAUAUUAUGAAAAUAUUAUUAAAAGAUAUUCAUUUACUUAAAUCACCGUAUUCAAAAAUGUAUCAAAAAAAGAAUCCUGAUAUUUUUCCAUUUGAAAAUACCAGUAAAUUAGAAUGGUAUUGUCAAAAAUCGGAUUGUUCACUAUUAGCCUAUGUAACACACAGUAAGAAGCGGCCAAACAAUCUUGUUCUAGCACGUUUACACAAUCAUAUUGUUAUGGAUAUGUUUGAAUUUGAAUUAAAUAGUCAAACAUUUCGUUCGUUAGAUGAUUUUAAAUGUGUUAAAUUCGCUCCAGGAAAUAAACCAUGUUUAAUAUUUCAUGGAGAAUUAUUUGAUAGCGAAGCAGAAUAUAAACGAUUAAAAUGUUUCUUUACUGAUUUUUUUCGUGGUGAAACAAAUAUGAAAGAAAUUGAUCUUAAUGGACUUGAACAUGUUAUCACAUUUACACUUGAUAUACAGACGAAAUUAUUGACAAUACGUGUUUUUCAUAUUGAAUUGAAAAAAUCCGGUCAUCGUAUACCAAGAAUUGAAUUAAAUGAAAUAGGGCCACAUUUGGAUUUAACUAUUCGUCGAACCAAAUUAGCAUCGGAUGAUUUCUAUAAGAAAACACUUAAACGACCAGAUGCUAUUAAAGCCAAGAAAGUUAAAAAUGUGUCAACAAAUGAAUUGGGUACAAAAAUGGGUCGUAUUCAUAUGGAAAAACAAGAUUUUAAUCAAUUACAAACAAGAAAAAUGAAAGGAUUAAAACGUAACUUACCAACUGAUGAUGAUCAAACUCAAGAAAAACGAAAGAAAAUUGAUCAAACUAAUAAAGAAUAA